GUCAAGGUCUGGUUCCAGAACCGCCGCACGAAGCAGAAGAAGGACCAGAGCAGGGACUCUGAGAAACGCUCCUCCACCACCUCCGAGUCCUUCGCCACCUGCAACAUCCUCCGGCUGCUGGAGCAGGGCCGGCUGCUGUCGGUGCCGGCCCCCCCCAGCCUCCUGUCCCCCGCCUCCAACCCCAUCGCCAGCCCCGCGGGCAACGGCUCCGGCCUGGCCACGCCGGGCCCCGCGUCCCCCGGGCUGGGCGGCGGGAGCAGCCCCCCGGCACCGGCAGCCUUCAGCCUGCAGGUCCCGUCUCUCGCCUCCUCGUCCUCCUCGUCCUCCUCCUCCUCGCCGCGGCUGCCGGGGGGGCCGCUGUGCUUCGGGGGGCCGCUGCUGGGCGGCCUGCACGACCUGCCGGGCGCGUACGGACUGGGCACCUCCGCCUUCGAGCCUUACACGCGGCUGGAGAGGAAAGACAGUUCUAUACCCAGCAAGAAGCCGAGCCCUUAAAUCAAAACGAGUGUCAAAAUGAGUGUGUCCCCCCCACCUCCGCCGUCCUCUGCGCCCCCCCCC